CGUUGGAGAAGGAUUAUGAAGAGGUCGGUGCUGAAGGUGGUGACGAUGAGGAUGAUGAAGGAGAGGAAUACUAAGAACCAUGUUUCUAAAAACUUUGGACUUUGUGUGCGUUUUCUAUUAUCUCGUGUUGUGUGACUGGGCUCCAAACUCUUUACCUUUUGGGCUUGUAUUGCUUUCUUUUGAACGUUUUGCUUUUGAUUUCAUAUUGAAUAUCCUAUGCUUAGGGUAUUUGAGUAUAUCUUGGUCGUUGUUGGUAAGGCUAUAUAUAAAGCCUAGGUUCUCUUCUUCUCUAUCUUUACGACCAAUCCACAUAGCUUACUUACUUUUGUGGUCCUGAAGAUGAUAAUCACUGUCAGGUUAUACCUCUCCCUGGUCUAAACAUUAAGCAUGCUCAGAGAUGUCUGACUACUUCAGAAUUCAGAUGGAGAUAUAAUCUACAGUGUUUGACAAAAAAAAAAAAUUGAUUAAUAAUGAUUUAUGAGUCCAAUAAAGUUGAUAAUGAAAACAGCUAGUUAUUUGCGUCCAACCAUCUCUAAAAAGAAAGAAAGAAAGAAAGAAAGAAAGAGAGAGUGACCAAAUGAGACUUUAAUCUUAUAGACGACGAGAAGAAUGGAGGAGACAGGAGGAAGAAGAACAAUCCCAGAGGUUGAGAUACUUGCCAGACUACCGUUGAGAAGCAUCGCCAGAUUCAAAUCUGUCUGCAAAAGAUGGAACUCUGUUAUAGAAUCCGAUUACUUCCACCGUCUCUUCGUCUCCCUGCACCGACACUCCUCUUCCUCAUGGUCGCUCAUGUUCAGAACCAAGUAUCUCCAUCCCAUGACACAACCCAUCGGCUUCCACGGAUGCGAUACAUGGGAUCUUCCCAAAUCACUUGUUUCUUAUAUCAUUCCGUUUCAACCGUAUCCCACUCUCCCUACCUCUGAAUACUACUUUGUAGCUUCUUCCAAUGGAUUGACCUGGAUCGAUGUCUUUCUUUCCCGUAAUUACAACAAUGUUUACAGUUACAAAUCUUUCGUUGGUAAUCCAGUUUUACAACAAUGGGUUGAGAUCCCUCCAGCUCCUGAUCCAUGGGUUCGAAAUCCAGACCCUUGGUAUCCCAGUCCAUUCUCUGCCGUUGGUAUGGUGACUCGUCUUGACAACGGCGUCGUUUCCAGCUUCAAAAUGGUUAGGACGAUCGAAAUGGGUAUGGUUGAUCGUUACGUUGACGGAUUGUAUCUAUGGAGAGUUUGUGUGUAUUCCUCUGAGACUGGUUUAUGGAAUAUCAAGAAACUUUACUCCCCACGAGCCGUUGGUAACUUUGGUUUUGAUUCUCUCCACGGGAUUCUUUAUAUGUGGGAUAGGUUUAUGUAUUCUAAUGGACCUGGUGUCCUUAUUGCUCAUGACUUUUAUGGCCCUGAUGCUGAUGAUCAAUGUCAGAUUAUUCCUCUCCCUGGCGUGGAUCACAAAAAAGCUCGGAGGGGCUUGACUACUUCAGGAGAAGAUGUUAUCUUCGUUGAAGCUAUACAUCGAAGAUUGAGUGUAUGGAGGCUGCUGAAUGACGAAGAAUAUAUCAGCGAAAGGUGGCAACUCAUUCGGGAAAUCAACAUGCCCUCUUUUGUAUCUGAUGUCAACUGUUUCCCCUUGGCAAUGAAUCCGUUUGAUGCUGAUAUCGUCUACCUGUGGUUACGUCAAGACCGUUGUUUGGCAUCAGGUAACUUGCAGACACAAGAGUUUAUUGUUCAUCAAGAAUCAGAUGAUUCGAGUAGUAGUGAAGUUGAUUGUUGUUGUCGCGUUAAUGCUUCCGAUACUGUGGAGUACUUGGAAGAGUUUCGCAAUGGAGUCUUUAUGUUAUUCCAGUUUGUGCUCCCUCGUUGGAUGGACUCUGUACCCCCAACCACCAAACUGAUUUUCCUUUUUAGGGGAUUCCUAACUUUUCAAUUUGCUUAUUACUGAAGCUUUCUCUUUGGUGUUUAUUAUGUAACUUUGUUUAUGAUGAGGCCAUAUUUGCUAUCUAUCUAUCAGAGUCAUGUCAGCUCUGCUCUUCUCUGAUUACUUAGUACUCUGAAAUUUUAAUUUGCAGUAGCAAUCUAUUUUCCAA